GGGUGAGGGGCAGCGGGGAGGGCUCUCUAGGUGAAGCACGAGGAGGAGGAGGUCGCCCUCUCUGGCCUUUCCCUCGGGGCCCCUGGCGGCUCGCUGGAGCUCCGGCUGCGCCUCCCGGUGCGCGCCGCUGCAGCGCCACAGGCCCCUCCACCCUUUGACCACCGCCCUCCGUGGCCGCCUGUCCCGCACGGCCCUCUGCGGGGAUCGGCGAUGGCGCGGGACUGACAACGUCUUCCCCCCACCCCACCUCGGACCCCUCUGCCCCGCCGCCCGGGUUGGGGGAGUGUGUGUGUUGGGGGGUGGACUCCCGGGGACCGCGGCGCAGUCCAGACCUGCAUGUGGGGCGGGCGUGCCGGCGCCCGGAGUGAUCGGCCCGAGGCGCUGCCUGGCCGCGCCGGAGGACGAGGAGCAGCGGGCCGAGCCGGGCUCCCCACGCGCCGCGGCCCCGGAGCACGGGCUCCCCGGAGGGAGCUCGGGGCGUCCCAGCACCGCAGGAGGGACCCGGAAGCAGAAGCAGGGCCGCGAGUGGAGCCGAGCCGCUGUCUCCGCUGCCCGCCGGCGCCGGGUGGGGGUCCCGGUGGCUGGAUGGGCAGCGGCGGCGCGGGCCGCGGGCGGCGAUGGGCGAAGAGCAGAGCACGGUGAGCGGUCGCGACGCGCCCCCGGAGGCGAGGGCUGCAGCCAGCGGCGCCGCGGGCCACCACGAGCCCCCUGGCCCGCGGGGGUGCAGCGCUGGGGAGCCGGGGCCGCGCGCCACCUCCGCGGAGCCGGGCGGCGGCGGCUGUGAAGCCGACCCGGGCUGCGCAGACACCGGCGCCCCGGAGCCCGCCAGGACCCCGGAGAGCCAAGGACUAGAGCCGUCCACGGGACUCUCUCCCGCCGGCCUCCUCACCCCCCGCACACUGCAGCUGCAGCUGGAAAAGGAGGAUGGAGCUGGGGACUCGAACGAGGGAGGGUAUGGACCACGGGAGGUGCCCCCCGGCGAGGAGCGGGAGCCCGGGACCCCCGUCGGGACGGCGGCGGCGGACAGCUUGGCUCUGGACGUGCUGGGACAGAGGCGCCGGCUCCCCGCCAGCAGGCAGGUCUUCUGCUCCGUGUACUGCGUGGAGAACGACCUGCCCCGGGCCUCCUCCACCUCGCAGCUCUCCCCGCCCGCCUCGCCACCUCGGAUCCCGCCGGUGACGACGCCCCCCGGGACCCCCUCCUCUUUCCCCAGCCCCCGGCUGUCCCUCCCCGCCGACCCCCUGUCCUCCGAUGGCGGCGGCAUCGAGCUGGAGUUCUACCUGGCGCCCGAGCCGUUCUCCGUGUCCAGCUUGUUGGGAGCUCCACCCUACUCUGGCCUGGGUGGGGUAGGGGACCCUUAUGCGCCCCUCAUGGUGCUGAUGUGCCGGGUGUGCCUGGAAGACAAGCCCAUCAAACCCUUGCCCUGCUGCAAGAAGGCGGUAUGCGAGGAGUGCCUCAAAGUCUACCUGAGCGCCCAGGUGCAACUUGGCCAAGUAGAAAUCAAAUGUCCUAUCACAGAAUGUUUUGAAUUCCUGGAAGAAACAACAGUUACCUAUAAUUUAACACAUGAAGACUCCAUCAAAUAUAAAUACUUCUUGGAACUUGGUCGUAUUGAUUCCAGCACGAAGCCUUGUCCUCAGUGCAAGCACUUUACAACCUUUAAGAAAAAAGGACAUAUUCCCACCCCUUCAAGAUCUGAAAGCAAAUACAAAAUCCAGUGCCCCACCUGCCAAUUCAUCUGGUGUUUUAAGUGCCACUCUCCUUGGCAUGAAGGUGUUAACUGUAAGGAGUACAAGAAAGGAGACAAAUUGUUGCGUCACUGGGCCAGCGAAAUUGAACACGGACAGAGGAAUGCCCAGAAGUGUCCAAAGUGCAAGAUCCAUAUCCAGAGAACUGAAGGGUGUGACCAUAUGACCUGUUCACAAUGUAACACUAAUUUUUGUUAUCGAUGUGGGGAAAGGUAUCGUCAGCUCCGUUUCUUUGGAGACCACACAUCAAACCUCAGUAUAUUUGGAUGCAAAUAUCGCUACCUCCCAGAGAGACCUCAUCUAAGGAGAUUAGUGCGAGGGUCCGUCUGUGCUGGAAAAUUAUUUGUUGCACCUCUAAUCCUGGUUUUGGGAUUAGCACUAGGGGCCAUAGCAGUUGUAAUCGGUUUGUUUGUAUUCCCCAUAUAUUGCCUUUGUAAAAAACAAAGAAAACGAUCACGGACAGGUAUGCACUGGUGAAAUGCAAACAACUGAGCUUGUGCAAGUAGGAGAUACACAGAAUGGUACACUCACCUGAGAAUCAAGUCUUGAAAAAUACUGAGAGGAUCUUAAUGCCAUCUCGUCUCCUUAUGGUUCUCUACAGACCACAAUGCCUCUAGCUCCGGUGCACUCCCAACAUGGUAUCCUGUCCUUACCUAUUCAGUUUGCUGCUUUUAAAAAAUGGUCACUUUGAUAAACUAUGAACAUCUGUAUCAUUAUUCUGACCUUAAUGGUUCUUUGAAAACGUACUUUCAUUAAGAACCAAUUACCCUCAGAAUUGUCUGAGCAUGUCUCUCUUGUGCACUACUUGGACUGUCUUUGUUCCUGAACCUCCCUCCAGACCAUCUUCUGAAAAUUGGAUUAAAUAGCUCAAGUUCCACCUGUACCAACAAGCAAAGCCACUUUUCAGAAGAUAAAGGCUUACCAUAUGCACCUGUUUUCAUCUGUGGCCCAAGCAGUGUGAUUCCUUCAUCUUUCAGAUACUAUAAUUGUUAAAAAUGCCCAAAUGGGCACAAGUGAAACUAAAUUAAUGAGAAAAACUACGAGUUACUGAAUUGUGUAUGUGUAUGGAGUGUGAUGUGUGUAUAUUAAUAUCUGUAUUAAAGUUAGGCCCAAGUACUUGUUGUCAAGUUCCAUGCCUCUACAUUAUUUUCCCACAUUUUCAUGGACAUAUAUAAAAAUGAUGGUUCCUUUGUGUGCAUAAUUUAGUAAUGUAUUGAGUUAAAAUCAGUGUAGACAAUAGGCUUGUUAGCUGUUUACCCUUUGUACUCCUCUUUCUCUUCCUCUCUUUCUUACACUCACAGAGAUAGUUUCAUUGUCACUUAAAGAAUCAACCAUUGUAACUGACAAAACUGAAAAUCUGCUUUUAAGAAAUUCUCAAGACUUACUGUUAAAUCUUUCCAUAUUUCUUAUAUUCUUUUACACAUGCUUCACUAUAUAAAUAAAUCCUGCAGGCAGUAAUAAUCACCUUAAAAUUUUUACCUGAACCUUUUAAACCACUUCUAUUCUGCUCUUUUUUAAAACCAACUUACUACAGAGAACUCUGCUCUAGGUCAAAGUGUGAUAUUACUCAGUACCUCACCUUUUGGUCUCUCUCUCGUAUUUCUCAUAAAACAGAUAUUCCUGUGAGUGCUUCUUCUUAUAUUUACUGCUCAAAUUGAUAAAUAAUGUGUUGUCAUCUUCUUACAGAAGGGUAUGUGAAACCAUUUUAUGCUUGCUCAAAUUCAUAAAUAAUGUGUUGACAUCUUCUUACAGAGGUGUAUGUGAAACCAUUUUAUGUUCGAGGGUUUAUCUAAAACAUAGAGUGCUUUAUGGAGAAAGAAACAAAAAGUGGUGGAAAUAUUUUCAAGAGAUUUUUACCAAACUGAGAGGUCUUUAAGAUAAGAGAAGGACAAGUAUCUAAACUAUGUUUCUCUUUUUUUUUCCCAUUAAAAAAAAAACCAGUUCAGCAGAAGGAAAUAAAGACACCUCCCCCCAAGAAACUUAAAUUUUCUGUUGUUUCCAGAUCCGUAAAAUUAGCUAUCACCCCUAAGUGUAGCAUUUGUCUGCAACCUUGUCAGACUUGAAACUGAUUGUGAUAAAACACGCAUUAACAUGGAUAUUUUGUCUGUAAUGGACUCUAGUGUAAGAACUUUUAUCAUUUCUUUGAGACAUAAAAAGGUCACAAUAACAGAGUUUACUUCCACAGAUAACUUACUAGUACACUUCCAGUCUUUCUAAAUUACACUCAAAGCUGUUACCCUUAAUAACUCUAGAAUAACGUUUAAGAUGUGUAUAUAAUACAAGAAAAAGUUAUUCUUUAGUUUCACAAGUUCAUCUAUCCACUUACUCAUUUAUCCAUUCAAUAAGCAUUUACUGAAUGCCUAUUCUGAGUGCUAUAGUUCUAAAACUGAAAGAAAACUUUUGAGCCUAAACACAUAAAUUUCGUUAUGAACAUGUUCACAUAUGAUAGAUUUGUCUUUUUCUGACUUUAGCAUUAGUUUGGCAGUACAUAAGUAUGAUGACUUCUAAAUCUAGUGGGUAUGCUUAUAUAUGAUAUAUAUGUAUGUGUGUAUGUAUACAUACAUAUAUAUAUAUAUAUACACACAAAUACUUCCCUAGCUGCAUAUGGAUACAUAUGCCACAUACAUAUAUGCAAGCUGGCUAAAUAUAUUCUCUGGUAUGAGAGAAUCUAUUUUCUUAGGUUAUUGUUUCUCGUGUCUUUGGCCUACUCAGGGAUUUUUAUUCUGUUCUUUGAAUAACUUAUCUUUUUGAGAUAUUUUUAUAUUAUUUGAAGAUGUUCCAAUUUUCCAGUUACAAAGUGGUGUCUGUUGUCAGUGAAAGCUAGUUCAACAGUGCUUGAGAUAAUUUGCAGGAUUUUGGUUUUUCUAUUGCAUAAUUUCUUAACUUAAUGCAUUUUCUCUUUGAAAACUGGUAUACAGGAAGCUUUUCCCUGCCAGUAAUACACAGUAAUUAUUUGUGAAUAUUUUAUUGUGUCAUCAUGAUCAUAAAAAGAGAAAAUUAAAAGGUUAUUUAUCUGUUAGUGCCAAUAUUCAAGGUAAAAACAAGAGUAACAACUUUGGCACAGAUUCUAAAACUACUUUAGAAAAAGAAAUGUGCACACAAUAUAAAGAACUUUCUAUCUAAGAUGUGUCAUUUUUACAUGUUUUUAUUAUAAAUUUAAUAUAUAAGCCUUAAAAUCAGACUAUAUGAAUUAUGAAAUACAAUUUCCUUUUCCUAUUCUGCCUCUUAUUUUCUAGGGGUGACCACUGUUUAAGGUUUGGUAUGUGUCCUUCUAGACACUGUCUACAAGUUCAGAAGUUGUAUACACAUAAGUAUGUCUAUCUGUUUGUGUUUAUACAAAUAGGAUAACAUUCAUACUGUCCUGUGACUUUUCUAAUGUUAGAUAAGGUAGAUACCUUUCCAUACGAGUUUUAGUAUAAUUACCUCAUUCUUUUAUAGAUAUAGUCUAUUGCUGGACUAUAAUUUGUUUCAUUAAUCCCUUAUUGAAGAGACAUCAAAAUGGUUUUCAUUUCUCUAUUACAAAAUAUCAAUGAAGAAUACACAUACAUAUGUGUGUAUACAUACAUAAAUAUAUAUAUAUAUAUAUAUAUCUUGUCAUUUUGUAACCAUUUCUAUAAGUUAUUUGCAUUGAUUUUUAAAAGAUACUUAUAUGCUUUUUCAGUAAACAAGGGGACAGAGACAAUGUAUUUGAAAACCCUUUUGGGGGGGAGAAAAGAAAUAUUACAUAUUUUAAAGAAAAGGAACACAUUUUUAAAAGACAGUUUUUAGUCCUAUUGCAUUAGCCAAAUAUGUGCCUCAAAGUUAUACAAAUUUCAACCCAUUCUAAUAAUAAAAUGAGAUUACUAUAAGACAUGCAACAUAGAUGCAUUGAUGUUUAGAUUAUUUAGUUUUGAAACUUAAGGAAUUUAAAUGUAGCCAAAUUGAUGAUGUAUCAUAUUUUUAAAAAUACUUUCCAUGUUCAUGCAUGUUGCUCCACAAAAGAACUUUAUUGUGUCAUUAUAAAAAUAUGUUGGCAAUUAUGAGUGACGACAAUUAGCCAUACAAAAUUGAAUUAGACCAUAUGUAAGGUUUGUUGGGGCACUUAAAAUUUUAGUAAUAAUGUGAAACAUUCUUUUUACAAUGAAUCCCAGCAGUUCCCUAGGAACUUUUCUAUGUGGAUUUUUUUUUUUUAAAAAAAAAAAAAAGGAAGAAAGAAAGAGAUCAAACCUUUUAUUACCAGCAACAUCUUGUUGCCAUUACCUUAAUUUCCUGAUAGGUGCUGUUGUAUCCUAAAGAUAGAACAUACUGGAAAACAAAGAUAAUUGCACACAAGUCAGCUUACAACCUGAGCCCUUUCAUUGUACUUUUUUUGUUGCAGUAUCAGGAUUCAGUGAUGCAUAUCAGGAAAUUCCUGAUCUGUGCCAUUUACCGUAUUAUGAGUCCCAAGACUCCAGAUAAGCCUUUAUCUUUCAACCCAGCCACCCAAACAAAUGUAUAGCCCAGGGCUCCCCCAAAAUACCUGUGAACCCCUGGAAUCUCUUAAAAUCCCUAGGCACCCUCCUUUUUUAAAAAUUUUAUUUGUAAAAUGGAAAUAUUGGCAGGACUAUAGGAUAAGAGGGUUAUAUUUCCACAUAAUGUCCACUCCCAGAGCUCCAUGUCCAGUCCCCUUCCUUUUUAGCUUCCCUAUUCUUUAUCCCUCUGGGAGUAUGGACCCUGGAUCAUUGUGGGAGCACCCUCCUUCUCUUUCCUCAAAGUUGUUGGUACUUCAACUCUUCACUGAGAGAAAAGAUGAUGAGAGAUAGGAGAGAUGAAAAAAGAAAGAAACCUCACUCUGGCAUCUGCAAAAGCAUUGUUCGACCUUCUUGGCCUUUGCCUUUGGAUCCAAGAGAUUCAUCCAGCUUUUCCUUCAUUACACAAACGCAAUUAUUUUUAACAGCAGAUGAUCCAAACUGCCUGUUAACCUCAGAAUUACUUUUCAAAACUAUACUUCAUUAAGUACAAAAAAUAAGUAAAUUUAUGCCAAAAUUCAGUUUAGAUUUAAUCCUUACAAGCAAAUUGCACAUAUGCCUUAAUGUGAACCUUCACAUUAGAUUGUAGGCUUUUUUUUUUCAUAUUUGUGGCUGAAACAUAUCCCAACUAUUAAAAGUAAUCUUCAGUGAUCAACUUCUGUUUUGUGUUCAUACCAUUACAAAUAUAGCCUUACUAUUUAAUAAUGCACUUUAGAGUACUUGUGCCAUUUUAGUAAGUUGACAGAGUUAAACAAACUGAAACACAUAUUUUGAUGGAGACAGUAGAAAUCACAGUGCUAUGUGAUACAUGUCACCUCUUUAAAUACAAAGGACCCAAGUUAUUGUAAUACUAGAAAUUGUUACCAGGAAUUCAGACAGAGCAAGUAGUUAAAAAAAAAUUACCUAUUAACCGUGUAGGAAAGUUUGCUUAAGAUAUUUCUACUGUAAGAUAUUUUUACUGCAUAAUAAUAAUUGCACUUUUAUGUUUCAUAAGAUCAAUAAAAGAAAUUCAACUAGCUAGAAGUAUAGUUAAGUACAGUAUUAUCACCAAUAACCAAUUUGAAGGUUUUUGUUUACUUACUUGUUUUUCAAAUGAUUGUGAUUUAACUGUAACAGUUCUUCCUGCUAUGGAAAAUAAGGUUGAUAAUCCCACUUGUAAUAUGUAUAUCAACAAUUAUUAACUUUAAUAAAACAAAUCAUUUUCACAAACAUUAAGACAUGGUUUUGGAAACCAUCAGAGUUUAACACUUUUGAAAGUAUUCAAAAUGACAAGAAAUUAUCUUUUGGAUAAAACUAAUGUGACAAACCAUUAAAUGAGAUUCAGUGGAACUCCUUUGUCUCCUUAAUUUUAAGAAUAGAACUAUUAUUCAUUUAGUCAAGUAUUAUGUGGAGUUUUUAUUGUACAUAACUGUUGUCUCAGCUGUAUUUGACUCUCUACUCAUGCAGAAAGCAGAGAGUCACAAAUACCUACAACUUAUACCUAUCUUCUUAUAGUGUUAGUGGAAGCUUUUGGUCAUAUGACCCCUAUGCACAGUGCUAAUUUUAGAAGAUGUAUUUAUGCACAUUGUAAAGUAUAUUCUUUGGGGGUAAAGAAGUGACUGUUUUAAGAAUAAAAAUAUAGACUUAAAAGGCAAUAAAUUGUUUUUAAAAACAUACAUAAAAGAUUGCCACACUUUUUUAGCUUAUAAAAGAUACUAUAUUGGGUGUAAUUUGGUGUAUUUAAUUUUACAUCAUAUGGAUUAUGCAGGCUUAUUAGCAAUGAAAACAACCUCUUUUGUUUUUUAGGUCUAACCCACAUUUUAAUCACUGUGUUCUAUUAUCAUUAUUAUUAUUAGGUUAUUUUGUUUGUUUACCAGAGCACUGUUCAGCUCUGGCUCUUUGUGGUGCAGGGGAUUGGCCUGGGAUCUCAGAACUUUAGGCAUGAGAGUCUAUUCAUAUAACCAUUUUGCAAUUUCUCCCACCCCAUCAUUAAUAUUAAGUGACUUUCUCCCAAACUUGUGAAGUGGCAGUCACUUCAACACCAAGUUCCUAUUCCUUUAAGAUUUCCUGUUUAUCUCUGUAGUCCAUUUUCAUCUUGGCCAAAUUUGGGAUCAGUUUUGCCUUACCAUUAACUUCUUUUGAUUCUAAGGACAUAAAGUUUAAAUACUGAAAUGACACCAAUAUUUGGCUCUGGUGGUGAACAUGAUUUAUUUUGGUUUAUUUGUAAAUUAAAUUGUAUCAAGAAUACUUGGACACUAUUCCACAUCUUGGUAGCAAUUGAAUAAUGGCCCUGCCCAGACCUCUUGUCAAGACGUCAAAUGAAUCAGAAGAUGUUUAGUUGGAUCAGAAAGCCCAGAAAUUGCUUCCUGAAUACUGUAAAGUCAAUAUUGUAUUUGCAUAUUAGAUGUACAAAGCGCAUGUGUGGACAUUUAUCCUAACCUUAUUCAGCCUGAUUCUAAUUUGUUCAUGUUUUGUCAAAAAUACCCAAAUGGCUUGUGAGCUUCCUUUAAGUAAACAAACAAACAAACCAAAAAAAAAAAAAAAAGCUAUAGCUUGGAAUUGGGUCUACAUUGAUACAGUUUUUCAAUAUAAAAUUCAACCAUGGAUUCAUAAUUUAUUACAAAGUCUACUAGACUUUUUGAUUACCCAAAGUAUAUCACUCUGAAUAACUGGUUAGACCCAUUCUAGAGAAACAGUUGAUCAUUUGCAGAUGUUCUACUUUUCCAUUAAUAUAACAUAUAUAACCACAUUCAAGAUAUACUUAGUAUAAAUUCAGUACAGGAUUUGGGAAAAUUCAAGAAACAAACAUUCAGAUAGGAAGGAAUCCCAGAAAUUUCUAAAAUAAUGUCAUUUCAGAUUCUUUGUAGUUGGUAAGUUAUUUGUUCCAUGCAUAACUGUCUAGUGUUUAACUCUUGCCCCACCAGGGGAAAUAGUCUCAAUAAUCCAGUCAAAUUCUCAAAAAUAAUAUUUUAUUAAGGUACUACUUCUCUGAAGUAUCUUUCAAGUAAAUUCUAUUUAAAUAUUUGCAAUAUAUCAAAAUUGUUUAAUUUAUAGAAAACUAAUGUGUUUUAUGUUUCUUUAUAAAAAUUCUACAUCAAGUGUCAUAGUUUUUAUCAGCUGGCUAAACCCUAUUUCUAAAAAAAAAGGGGGGGUUCUAAAAACUUUUUUAAAGCUUUUUUAAAGUUCCAUAUGGCUAUAGCUGAAAUGUAUUAUUUUAUCAUUUUCAUCACAAUUAAAGUUACAUAGAUAGUACUGAAAAAAUUAGACCAACCUUAUAUUUACCUUGAUAAGGAUGAUCUGCUACACAUUUUAAUAAGAAAAUUAAUUGGCGAUCUUAUUACCUAUGAAAGCAGUUACCGAAUCAUACAUUCUGAUAGAUCACAGAAACAGGUUUGAAAAGAAGGAACACAAAGAGUGGCAUUAAAAUGUUAACGUAUUUCUAUUAAGCAACAGCAAUUACUUAUUCUGUUUCUAUUUUAAACAAAAUUAAGAGAUUUCAUGAAGCAAUUACAUAUAUAUAUUACAAACUGGUAAUGCAAUUAAACUUCCCAUUUUCACAAAGAAAGUAAACAUAAGGAGAAAUGUUGUAUAAUCUGUCAUUACUGUAUAUUUGGAAAUUGCAGCUCUAAGGAGUAAUUGUCAUCUAUUUGAAUUAUCACAAUGCAGCCCAUUUUAAUUAUAUUGUCAUGAGCAAUAGCACAGGAGAAGACAUGUCUUAAUUUUAAGAUGAAUGACUUUUCACUAUUAUUUAGUAACAGAUCUUGUCCAUUUCUUUGCUAUAACAUGUACUUUUAUUUAUCUGUACAAUUUGUAGCCAUUUUCCAAAAAAUAAUAAGAAUUAUUUCCAUGGUUCAUAUGAGCAUAGUUGAAAUUAUGUACUUUUUUAGUGAUACUGGAAAAUAUUUAUGUAAUUCUAUUUUUAUCUUUUUAUACUUACACUUCAUUAGUCAUGAAAAACUUUAGUAUUCAUGGUGACAAAAACCAUUUUUAAGAGGCAGUAAAAAUAAAAUAACAAAACAGACAAUAUACUUAUAAAUUUUUCCUUAAAAUUGGAAAGAAAACUUCAUAUGUUAAUAAAAACUAUAAAGUAAAGUUUAUUCAGGACUUUCAUCUUUUAUAUUGUUAAAUCAUUUUAUGCUAUUGAUUUCUCGAAUUGUGCUUUUUGGAAGCAUUUAAUUAUCCUGCUGUUUUAGUGUUUAGACAUUAAUUACUGAAAGAAAGAAGUUGGUGAAUACAAGCCAAGGAAACUGGAUUAUCCCCUUUUUCCAAUAGCACUAAUGUAUAGUUUCUUUAAUCUUCCAUAUGGUGCUUCGUGUGAUGACAGUAUAUAACAUUUAUAUGUUAUUAGUGCCUUAUUUUUUAGUUGAUUGACUUUUAUUUCUUAUCUAGAGAGCCAUAUUUUUUUGUGAGUGUUCCUUUGUUCCUCUUUUUAAAGCGCUGAUAAGACAGUAUGUUUAGGAAUGUUUGUAGACUUCAUUUUCUACCUUAACCCGGUGUAACCUUUAGAACAGCAGAGUGGCCAAUAUAUUAUGCUUCAACCCAUUGCUCAUAUUUUAGUAAAGUAGAAAAUUCCUUAAAUGCCGGAAAUUGAAACCAUCAUGAUAGAAAUGACCUUUGAGACUACAGGGGAAAAAAUUCCUGUUUUCUGUUUUACUAGAAUUGGAAUGACUAUCUGUUUUUAUUGAUAUCAUCAAUAAGGACAAAAUUACUUUACAAAAAAUAAAAAGGUUAAAAAUUAAAAUAACUGUAAGAGUCAGGAAUUUAACCAAUUUUUAAAACUCAUCCUUGAUAAUAUUUUAACUGUAAUCUACUUCCAUACAAAUGCUGAAGUGCCAUGUGUUUGCUAUCUAUAUAUAUUUUUUUCAUUCACAGUGGACUUUACUGACAUCAGACUAUUUUGUGCUAUAUAUUAUUUUGCUCUUCUUGGUUCGUACCUCUUUUUUUUCUUUUAGCUUUUUCCAAAAAGCUGGUUUUGCUGUUUUCUUUUAUUCUACUGUAGUUUAUAAUUCAGCUUUUCCUGAUGAAUGUAUGUUGAAUAAUUAAAGUAUAUGCUUAGGAAAGAAAAGAUACAGGUUGUAUAUGCAAUUGUGUGUAAAUAUUUGACAGAAAAAAGUGAAUGAAUUAUCCUGCCAAUAGAGAAUGUCCUGCUGGACAGGACCUUGAAAUUAACAGACUUUUUUUUUUAAGCAGUGAAAUCUAUUACCUCAAGAAUUUUCAGUGAAUAUGUGUCAGUGAACUGCUCCUUCUUAGUGAAUAUAGUUGCACUUGCUGCUGGCAGUAAAAGUAACCUAAGUGUCAGAGCGCAUAAAUUUUAGGGGCGAUUAAUUCAAAAGAUAGAUGCCAUGUAAUAUUUUGGGGGUCUAAUAUCCCUAUGCCCUUUUGUUGUAGUUGGGUUUCUUUUUUAUUUUAUUUUCUCUCCCUUCUUUCCUUCUUCCCUAUCUUCCUUUUCCUUUCUCUUUCUUCAUUUUUCACUGUUUUUGGUUGGUUAGUUGAUUUAAGUUGGAAAGUUCAUGUGACUAUGUGAUGAUAUCUCAUGGAACAUUAUAACAGUGUUCUCUUGACUUGGAUGAAAACUAUCAUGAUAAUCAACUAUGUUGGUUGUCACUGUAUGACCUUUUGUAUCGAUUACUGUGGAGUGCUGUUUACCUGCAUGAUGUGUGCAUUCCAUGGUGCAACAUCAUCUAGCAAUGCCUAAUAAAAAUUUUAAAUGAGAA